GUACGCUCGUUGUUCGUUAGCUGUUGAAAUCCAUUAACUCAUGGACUCCAUACUUCUCAUAAGCCAAGCUCCCAAUGGCGGUCUGUCCGCCAGGCGAUUCCCCGCCGGCGGAUUUGGCGCAAGCGCGACUUCUUUCCACCGUUCUUUCAAACUCAUCCGUCCUCUCUCUUCCCGAUCUCGCCUCGGACUCAACUCUCAGAACCCUAUAAAACCCCUACAUCCCACUCUCGCUGCCGACGGCGAGCCCACUCCCUCCAGCCGGUUGCCACCGUUCCCCGACCAAGGCGACAACGCAGUUUUUGUCGGAGACGAAGGCGUCCCUUUGGAAGGCGUCAUCCAGUUCGAAAAGCCCUCGGCGCCUUCGUCGUUGCUCUCGUGGGCGAUUUUGGCUCUUCUGGCGGGCGGUGACGUUCUAUGCUUGCUCGCGUUUUCGGCUAUCGGUAGAUAUAGCCAUGGGUUGCCUAUUGUUGAUGUUGAAACCCUCAAAACUGCCGAUCCAUUCAUAGCUGGAUGGGUGCUGAGCGCUUACUUCCUUGGAGGUUAUGGUGAUGAUGGAAAAGGGAUGAAUGGGUAUGGUACAGCCCUAGCUGCUGCUGCGAGGUCUUGGCUUGUUGGCAUUCCGUUGGGCAUUGUCAUUAGGGCAGCAACAUCUAGUCAUUUUCCUCAAACAAGUUUUAUUCUGAUAGCAAUGGGAAGCACAGGGAUCUUGCUUUUAGGAUGGCGAGCCUUAGUAUGCAAACUCCUUUCUGUACAAAGCAAUAAAAAUGAUGUUUAUAGGCGUGGCAACCCAUUUGAGCUUUUUGAGUUGCUGACAUCAUUGGUGCGGAGAUGGUGACUUCAGCCUUUGCGGACAAACAAAGCAUGCCAAAUUCUGAUUUAAUGUCUUCAUUAAUGUUGGUAAUUAUGACUUUGUUGUCUUUAUGUCUGCCGCUUGUUCAUUAAACCAUAUAAAUGAAAAUGGUUGUCAGAAAAUGCUUAUGAUAA